AUGAUGGCGUUGUGGAUGGCAAAGUUGGGUAUCAAGGCCCGCGUCGUCGACAAGCGAGCCGACAAAGUCUUUUCCGGUCAUGCAGAUGGAUUGAACGUGCGGACCAUGGAGAUUCUCGACAGCUUCGGUAUCGGGGAAAGGGUGUCGAAGGAGUCGUACCACAGGCAUGAAGCCUCGUUCUGGAACCCCGAUAAGAAUGGCAUCAUUAGGCGCGAUGCCCGCGCCCCGACCUCGCAGCCCGACCUGUCACGUUUCACCUGGUGCCUCCUACAUCAAGGCCAUAUAGAGACAUUCUUGCUCGACGCCAUCCGCGAGGCGUCAAUGUCGGUUCACAUCGACCGCAAUGUCAUGCCUUCGGCGCUACGUAUCGACGAGGAACAAGUCGCUAGAGCAAACGCACACGAUAGCAAGCAGAGCCCAGGCAGUGAAGGGACGAAAGAGACUGUCCGCGCUAGGUACCUAGUCGGCUGCGACGGAACGCACUCGUGGGUAAGACAGGCGCUAGGUGAGGGAUACGAGAUGGUGGGCGAAACGACAGACUCUAUCUGGGGUGUCCUAGAUAUCGUCCCAGUUACCGAUUUCCCCGAUAUCAGAAUCCCUUGCACGGUCCGUAGCGCCAGCGAAGGCACCGUCAUAGUGGUUCCACGAGAAAACCAUCUAGUGAGGCUAUAUAUUCAGCUCAAGGAGGUGUCUACGGGAUCAGGUGCAGCGGAUAGGUCAAAAAUUACAUCCGAGGUCAUCUUUCGAACUGCGCGUAGGAUCCUAAGCCCAUACUCGCUCGACUAUCACUAUAUCGACUGGUGGUCGGCGUAUCAGAUCGGACAACGUUCCGGUAACCGAUUUAGCAAACUCGACCGCAUCUUUCUCGCAGGGGACGCUGUCCAUACGCACUCUCCCAAGGCCGGCCAAGGCAUGAAUACCGCUAUUCAAGAUACUUAUAAUUUGGGCUGGAAGUUGGGACUGGUUUGUAAGCGGGUGCUGCGGCGGGAAGUACUGGCUACGUACGAGCUAGAGCGGCGGCGGAUUGCGAAGCAGCUCAUUGCCCUAGACCAAAAGCUCUCCCAGCUAUUCGUCGGCCGGCCGGCUAAGGAUAUCCUUGACGAGACUGGCGUGACUAUGGCCGAGUUCGAAAAGGCGUCUCGCAUGAAUAAGAUGUUUACGACGGGUAUUGGCAUACGCUAUACACCCAACCUUCUGAAUAUGUCGGACGAGGACCAACAACAACACCUCGCGCUCGCCACCAACUGCCAGCCUGGCACUCGCUUCGCAUCGCAUAGGGCUCUCUGCCAGGCGGACGCGCGGCCGUGGGAGCUCCACCACCGCAUGCCGUCGGACGGCCGAUUUCGCAUCGUUAUCUUUGGCGGGGAUAUUUCGAGACCCCCGCAGCUAGCGCUCGUCAACUCGCUCGGUGCCUGGCUAUCGGUGUCACUACAGCCGCGCUUCCUUGUCUUGUCCAUGCCGGGGGCUGCUAGCAAGUUUAAGGCGGCCCGCGACCCGUCCGUUAUCGACGUCCUCCUAGUGCACUCGGCACCGCGGGAGCGCGUCGAGCUACUCACGGACCUCCACGAUGUAUACCACCCAUUUGACGAUAAAUUAGGGUGGGACUACGAAAAGACAUUUGCAGACGGCCACGGCAGAGCAUACCGGGGAUACGGUGUUAACGACAAGGGUCUUGGAGCCGCCGUCGUGGUUCGUCCCGACGGCUAUGUCGGGUUAGUCACCUCGCUAGACGAGGUAGGGAGGGAUAGAAUAGGCAAGUGGUUUGAGGCUAUACUCCGUCGCGGUUAG